UGCAAUCAUUGGCUGAGGCUUAAACUUAUCGGGUCCGAUGUGGAAUGGUCAACAGAAGGGGCAGGACUGUAGUCGAAGAAACUAUGCUCCCUCUACUAUAAAAGUGGGUGCACAUUUAUAUCUUUCUUACAGCACCCAGUGAACUGAGGAGAUCACUUGUUGUUGUGAAGCCAUGGUGAUGAAGUGGACUGUGUGCCUUGUGGCUCUGGCCUUGCUUGGUAGCUUCUGUGAGGCUCAAUGGAUUCCAGGGGUCCCUACGCCCAACAAACAGGUUCCUCAUAAUCCCCAACAGACAAAGCAGACAUUUGAGAAAGCUCUCACCUGGAAAUACCCUGAAGAUCCGCAGCCUCUACCCAAAGACAAUGUGGCUUUCGAGCUGAGAUCUCCUGUUGCUGCUUCAUCUGUCUCUGUCGAUUGCCGAGAGAAGAUCGUUCAUGUGGAAGUCAAGAGGGACAUGUUUGGGACAGGCCAGUUAAUCAAUCCCGCUGACCUGACGCUGGGAAACUGUGCUGCUGUUGGAGAAGACACUAAUGCUCAAGUCUUGAUUUAUGAGGCGCAACUGCAGGAUUGUCUCAGCGCAUUAAGGACGACAGAAGAUUACAUCAUCUACACCUUCACCAUGAAUUACCUUCCCCGUCCUCUGGGCUCCUCCCCUGUGGUGAGAACCAGCCAAGCUGCUGUCAUUGCGGAAUGCCACUACCCAAGGAAGCACAAUGUGAGCAGCCUUGCUCUUCAUCCCGCGUGGCGUCCCUUCUCUGCUGUUAGAAUGGCUCAGGAAUUCUUGUACUUCACUCUGAGACUCAUGAUCGAUGACUUCCAACAUGAAAGGCCAAGCCACCAGUAUUUCCUGGGAGACAUCAUCAAUAUCGAGGCUACCGUUCGGCAGUUCUUCCACGUGCCCCUCCGUGUAUAUGUGGAGAGCUGCGUGGCUACUCUAUCAGCGGACGCAACCUCCACCCCUAGAUAUGCCUUCAUUGACAACAAUGGGUGUUUGCUUGACGCUAGACUCACAGGCUCUACUUCGAGGUUCUUGGCUCGCACUGUGGACAACAAGCUGCAGUUCCAGUUGGCAGCCUUCAAGUUCCAUGGUGCUCAAAGUGGACUUCUCUACAUCACCUGCCACCUGAAAGCAUCAUCUGCUGCUCAUGCCAUCGAUACUGAACAUAGAGCUUGCUGCUGGAACAACGGGUGGUAUGAGGCCGGAGGAGUUUUUGACGUGUGUGGCUCCUGUGAAAGUGGAUUAGGAACUCAGCCUCCUUUAAAUCCAAAGGGAAUACCUCAGUUUCCUGGAAGGAAGAUUCGUGAUGUGUCCAAAAGUGAAGUUUUGGAAUGGGAAGGUGAUGUCACCCUGGGUCCCAUCCACAUUGCAGAGAAGAUGGUUGUUUGAGUCAAUUCCCUGCGACAGCUAUGGCCAUCAAAAUAAACAGUCUCGUUGGUCCAUAAUUGUCUGCAUGUUAUUCACCUGCUUCCUGUUAAUAGUUCCGUUUAAACAAGGACAUUUACUUGAAUAAAUGUAAUCAACAUUUGAGUUUAAAAAAUAAAAUACAAUUUUAAGAGCCA